AAACAACACUACGACAUCAAACAAAUGUAACUGAUUGUCGAAAUCUGAAAUCAAUUUAUAGCAAAAAAGCAGUAGUUUUAGUAUAGGAAAUGCCUGAAACUAUAAUAGAAAGCGUUCUUACUGGAAAAUUCGACAGUGAUUUGUUACUGAAAUGGCUAAAAGAUGAAAAUGACACACCUGGCGACAGCGUUAUAUAUUGUUGUAAUAGAAAUGAGUUCGUUGCCUAUUUUUUGUCAUAUUUAAGAAGCCAAACGAGCAGCAUUCUUCAAACAAAUAACAGCACACUACCACCACUGCAUCAAACUCCUGAGAAAGUUCAUAACGCACGUCGCAAACAUAGAAGAUCUAUCAGUGACCCAACAAGCGACGAUCGGAAAGAUUGUCUCUCAGUUAAAUCACAGACCCAACGCAGUCAUGAAUCUCCAAGUAAAGAUCGCAAAAAAACUGGCAGGAGAGUUAAAACAAAACUGUUUCCUGAAGACAAAAAUUUGUCUGUAUCCUCCGAUGAAUCUAGGCUCAGUUUAGGAAUGGAAAGAAUUGCUAUAUCAAGUACACCUAUAAAGAAUGGUCUUAAAUUCUCUGACUACCCUAAUCUUGCUAGUCCUGUGUCACCAAAGAGUUUUAGAGAAAAUGAGAGGUGCGACACCCCUAGGCUAACCCAUAGACACAGAUCUCAUGAGAAAAGUUGUCUAGGAGACUACAUGGUAAACGUCCAAAAGAGUUCUAAAAAGAAAAAAGGUGGAAAAAACGCUUCUGACGAUAGUGAAACUAGAAUAGAAUUAGACUUGAGUAAUUCAGAUAUAUUCCCAGAGAUUGGAGCCAGGAAGGCUAGUUCGUUGAGAUCUGAAAAACGAAGGAUAAAACCAACAAAUAUAGACAAGAGCACAUCAAGGAAGAGUCUGUCCCUAAAUAGUUUCAAUUCGGAUUGUUUUCAACAACCGUCUCCUUUAGCUCUUGAAGAUAACGCAGCAUUUAAGCAACAGCAAAAUGUGCAACCUAAAGAAUCUGCUAGCAGUUUCGACGCCGAACGCAGUAUGCUAAAACUCGAAAGGCAUAAACUAAUGGAGAAAUUCAAUAUUUUAAAUACUUCAUCAUCUCCUAAACCUCCUACUCCUACUAUCAAAAUAACGCAAAAGGAAUCUUUUGAGAAGAGUCAAAAUUUUGUCAAACCUGAUGUUACUAAAAUUCUUCUAAAAGAAAAGCUUGAUUUUCUGGUGGACAUCUAUGAAGUUUUAUUAAACACUAAUUUAAUAUUAAGUGUCAACACUGAAAUUUACUUUUUGAUAACUAUCCUCUUGUCUGUACAAUACGAAGACGAUUAUAAUGAUGUAGAAUCAAAUUUAAAUGAUAAGAACCUAAAUUUUCUAUUAAAAUCCAUACAUAACUGUACUUAUUUUGCCGUGAGAUCUUUGUGGAACAUGAGAGGUAUAUUGGAAGUGAUUUUGGAUAAGAAUUCAUUGAAAAUUCUUGGGGAAAAUAAGAAAGUUAGGUCUUUCUGUCCUGAUUUAGCUAAGUUCUUGUUGAAUUCAUAUGGUUUGAAAUGCGAACUGGAAAAUAAUCAAGAUAAGAAGAAUCUGAGCUCCAAUAGGUGUUCCAAUGGUGUGAUAUGCUUUAACCAUGAAACAGACAACGUAGAUAAUUUUCCAUCAGUGUUGAGCUUCCAAAAUUUCAAGAAACAGAGAGAUAUGUUCUAUGAGAUUUUGAGGUGGUAUCAAGAGCAUCAAUCGACAGGAUGUUCGCGCACAACGUUUCGUGCUCGUAUAAAAACGUUAUUAUCUUGUGGAGUAUCCCCGGCUAACUACGCGCAUCUAGCUGCUUUAUUUAUGCAGCAUAUGGUCGCAGAGUGUCUACCCGCUAAUGUUCAGGAAUCUAAAUUGAGUAAACUACAUCGCCGACUCACGUGUCCAAACGCACCGGAAUCCCACCGUCUCCCAAACUUUUCUGCCAAAGAAACGUUUUACAAGGAAUUCAUAAUGUACACAGAGAACGAGCCGUUCCGAAUUCAUUUGAGGGAUGCAUUAUGUUCAGAAAUAACAAUUUUGAACUCCACACCCAUAGCCGUUGAAGAUAGAGGAAGUUCAAAUAACUCGGAUACGUCAAAGGAAUAUCACAAUCUUGCGAAGAAACUGUCUCUUCUGUCCAAAUUUCUCGGUUUUCUUACGUCACUGCCUUAUACGUAUAUACCAGAACCCAGUUCUAAAAACAUAGUUGUACCAAGAGAGGUGGCCACCCAUUAUAUGCCGCCAAAGGACAAAGUACUGGAAAAUAACAUCGCUUUAAGGAAUAAUAUCCAACCCGCGAUCGACCUUAAAGGAAUACUACUGAAUGCGUAUGAGCAUUCCCGUCUAACUAUAACAGUACCAUGGAUAGUUCACUACCUGUCCAUGCUUGAUUACACUUCUCUUCGUACUAAAUACUAUCAAGAUCUUCUUAAAACAUUACACCAUGUAUACAUACACCGUUUAAAAAUGAACCAGAAUCUGCUAAAGAAGAAUACGGUUAUAUUCCUUAAAAGUGUUCUCGGUUGGUUAUUUGAUUUGCCACAUUAUCCUCAGCAUAUAUUUUGUGAUAGUGUCAGUGUUGUAAGUGAAAUAAACCUUGAUUGCUAUGAUGUGAUAGAUGAAGUAAUUCUGUUUGAUCUGUGCCCUUAUUUGAGAGAUGUGAACGUGUUGUUAUCGACAUGUAAAGUUAGUAAUGACCAGAAAGAUAUAGGCAGUUUCAGACACAUAACACCUGUUAGUUUGAGUUUGAAUCCGGAAGAUAGGAUGAGAAAUAAGGAGAGAGAGUUGCAGGCCCGUCUGGAGGAAGAGAUGCUCAAGAGUCAGCCAUCUUCUUCGCGCCGUGUAGUCGAGAUGGUGACUGAACGCGUAGCUGCGGCCACAGUGCGUGAUCUUAAUGUCACUCUCGCCUCAGUACGGGAUUCAGCCAGGGCACGGGCGGCCACACUAGUCAAAGAAAGGGGGCAUAUAGGACAGCCCGCCCUGCUGCAAUCACUCCAAUCCUUAUACAACGAGCAACUUCAGCAUCUCCGCUCGACAGCAAUAGAAACGUCGAAGGCUACCAUAAAGCGGCGCAUAAAUUCAGCGCUUCAAGCAUUAUUGCCCUCAGCACCGUUGCCAUUGCAAGCGCUUGCAGCCAACAACUGCUUAAAUAGGCUACACCGGUGGAUAGAUGAUCACUGGAAUAGCUCAGCAAUUUUGUGCAAGGAUAUUGAAGGGGAGAUGAAGAACCUUAUAGCGAUAGGCGAAGCAUGCUUAUCUCCGAAACCUACUGUUUGUAUGGACGCACUAAUCGCUCCUGAUCACGAAUUCGAGGCUAACAACAUUAGCCCAACAACUUGUAUUAUCAAUUUGAAGGAACAAAUUUGCCUACUUCUUGACGAUGAAGAGCCUUCUGAACUCAUUCCCACGUUAGCGUCGUGCGCUUUGUGUUGUUCACCAAACAACCUGUUUAGCAGACCGCCAACGCAGAGAGUCAUAUUACAAUUAAGCGUCGACUUGUGUAUUGUAUAUGUAAGCAGAAAACCUCGAGAGGUGACCGAAGAUUUCUUGAACACCCUCCAAGCAAUAUGGAACACGUGUUGCCCUGAUAGAAAACGUAACGAACCGGAGGAGAUCUUGCUACCGGAGCGUAGGCCGGAACUGUCGCCGGAGUUCCGGAAUUUUGAAGAAGACGAACGUUUUCCUACACCUGUUUCAGACGAUGAGGACGGUUCCAAAGUCGUGAAAAUUAGAGUAGUGACCAAUUUCAAAAUUGCCAUAGACAAAAGUGUUGCGAGUGAUAAGAGUGUUGAAAGUGUGAAUACUGACAAAAACGUCACCAACGCUGAGGAACACAGUGAUGAGUAUUUGGAGUUCUUCGAUAGGGUGUUGUGUCCGAGAAACAUUGUAUUGCUCAGUUCUACUAAGAGUAAGCAGAGUGAAGUUUGGGAAGCUCUGGCUAUUGUUUUAGUAUUCUUACUGAAGAAUGAUUAUUUGAGUGAAGAUUCAUUGACGGAACAGUGCUUAGCUGUUUAUAGACAAGAUUGGCCACAGAACAUACUCGAAAACCUAUCGAAUUGUAUGAAAUCAGUGUCUUCACGAUGGUCAAGGUCUUCGACCGGUAAGUUUACAUUAUUCUUGGACUUUUUGGCUGAAUACUGCGGCGAUAUGGACUAUGAACCGGUCCCGAUGGAUUGAAUCUCUACAUAUUUCGUCAUCAUCAGCACACCGCUUGUCCAAGUAUGUGGCAGCAAAUUCGAGCUCAUCCAGUUCAUCUUUCCAUCUACUCCAAGUGUUGAACUAUGUUUGUCUGUAUACAAUUAAUAUCUAUUUGAAUAUCUAUAAUAUAAUGAAUUGUCAAAAAUCUCCACCUGUUACUGGAGUAAGUACAAAAUGUCGUGUCAUUAGAAACGUUACAGGUAAUCUAGUAUGAGUUUAUUCUUCGAAAUGGGGUUUUUGUGUACCCUCAAUAUGAUACUUUAUUCAUAUGAAAUUAGUUACUUUAGCCUGAACUUUUUUACUUUCCUAAAACUGUCACACACAAAGUUUAUUCUAAAAUUUUGC